AGUUUGAGAAAUAACCAAUCAAAUUUUGCAACGUCAUUCUUCCCAUUUUGAUCCCUCCCUCUAUCAAGUAGCUCUGUUGUAGCUGCUGUUAGCUUACAUUUAUAUAGUUAAAUGCUGUUUAUUCUUUUAAAGAAAUAAAAGUGACUUUCAGCACCGGGAGCGGGUCGCUUCUCAUUACCAGAUGAGCGUUGCCUUAAAGUCAGAAAUCCGCAAACUCAACAUGGUCCAUCUCCUGAUCUGGGUUCUAAUGGCCGCUCAGGUGGUCGUGAGCCAGCUGAGCUUGGUGUCGCACAAAGUGGUGGCGUCUCCUUACCAGUGGGAGUACCCCUACCUCCUGAGCAUAAUCCCCACCGUCUUCAGCUUCUUGGCGUUGCCCCGCAACAACAUCAGCUACCUGGUCAUCUCCAUGAUCAGCGCCGGGCUCUUCUGCGUGGCUCCCCUCAUCUACGGCGGCAUGGAGAUGUUCCCCGUGGCGCAGCAGCUGUAUCGCCACGGCAAAGCGUACCGCUUCAUCUUCGGCUUCUCGGCCGUCUCCGUCAUGUACCUGGUGAUCGUCAUCGCCGUGCAGGUGCACGCCUGGCAGAUCUACUACAGCAAGAAGCUGCUGGACCAGUGGUUCACCACCACGCAGGACAAGAAGAAGAAGUGAGGGCGCUCUGGCGGCGUUUGGGACGAUUCAGCGGGAAGUUUUGUUGCGAGAGAAGAGACUCUUAGCUGCUGCUGAGCAUCAUUUUCUAUAUUUAAUAAUGGACAGUGGUGAUUUCAUCGUCUGUAGAAAAUCAAUCCUGUGAUUCCACAAUGAGUUUUCUUUGCCAUUUCAUUAAAAAAGUACAUUUAA